UGCGCCCGACCGGGCCUCCGAGGUCCGGGCCCUGCGCUGCCACCUCGGGGGCCCUAAGCCGGGGGCCGAGGGGUCCCCGGGGGCCCGGGAUGCUCAGAAGGGUGUGGCCCUCGGUGGGCUCCUGGCUGAGCCUUGGAAGCCGGGGCCGAUUGGGGGCUCUGGGAGCCUGGCCAUGGUGGAUGCGGCUGCAGCGGGCCCCGAGAGUGGGGUCCCCUGUUACCCCCCGCCCGCCCCCAGUGAGUUCCCGGAGGCCCAGAGCCUCCAUCUGUCCCUGCUGGGUGUCAACUGCCCUCUCGGCCCGGGUCUCUUCUCCUACCUGGGGCCCUCCUUGGCUGCUGCGGCCCACAUGCCCUUUCUGGCCUCGGGCAGCCCCCUGCUGCCUCCAGCUUCCACUUUCCCUUCCCCACAAGUCCCAGAGCGCCCUGCCCUGGUCCCCCGCCUGUACUACCCCCUGCUCCUGGAGCACACCCUGGGGCUGCCGGCAGGCAAGGCUGCCCCUGCCAAGCCCCCAGCACCCCCAAAGAGGCCCCCUGGGACUCUGACCCCAGGGCUGCUGAAAGUACCGGUGCCUGGGCUGGGCAGGCCCUGGCCCCGAGGUGGAGCCCCUAGGGACUCAGGGCCCGAGGGGGAGCUGGAGCCGGCUGCCCAGACUGACCCCAAAAGGAGGCUGCCCCUGGGAAGCAGUCUGGAGGCCCCGAAGGCCCCCUGUAGCGCAGUGAAGUUUGGUUCCCAGAGCAGCUUGCGCACUGGUCUCUCCGCGAUGCUCUGGCCUGAGGACAAGGAGCCAAGCAACCCCGAGCCCCGAGGCCCUUUGGCCCUCCUGCCCCAGCAGCCCCUGGGCCUAGUGCCAGGUGGCCCCGGGCACGUGGGUGAGGACCUGACUCGGGCCCUUGGUGACUAUGCCAGGGUGGAGCAGCGCCUGGGGCAGUUGGCGCCUGCAGGGGGCCUGGCCCCUCGGCCUCUGCGGGAGCAGCUGGGCAAGAUCCGCCAGGAGCUGCUCACCAUCCACCAGGCCCUGGAGCAGGCUGUUCGGCCACCAGACGCACCCCUCGACCUCUCUGUGAAGCGAGCACCCACCAAGGGGCCCAAAGGGCCUGUGGGGCCCUGGGGGCAGCUGGAGCUCGCCCAGGGGACCCCCAAGCCAUCUAGCAUGUUGGGCCCUGCACCAGCUGAGCCUUUCUCUGGUCACACCACCAAGUGUGAGGCUGACUCCAGUGUCCCACCCCCGGGCCUCCCCCUUCAGGCUCCAGAGGACCCUGUGAGGCCUGGCAGCAGUUGGGCUGCUGCCCGUGGGCCGCCUGCGGGCUCCUGGCCCCCUGAGGCUGUCCCUAGCAUUCAGAGCCCCCCUGGUGCCGAGGUCUGACCACAGCUCCUGUGUUAGGUCUGCUCGUAACAGACAGGCGCCCCUCUCCAACCCCGUGUCCACUGCCUGGCCCCUCGCCCGCCCCAGCCCCAGGGGUGCGGCCUAGAGCCUGUCCAGCAUGCCCGUGGACUGACCUCCCAUGGCUGUGGCCUAUCUCUGAGGCCAUGAGGGACAGCGGAGAGUCAUAGCCACCCACUGAUCACAACUGUGGACGUUAAAAUAGAAAGCAUCGUCACACA